CAAGUGCGGAAGUACGCUGGCACCUAGGGCGAGCGGCUUCCGGCCCGUGAUGUUGCACCGGGUUCCCAGAGCCACGUAACGAACGGUGGGCUGCAGCCAUGGCCGAGAGGAAGAGCAACGGCGGCGCGGCCUCCGCCUCCUCGUCAGGCACCAACUUGCUCUUCUCCUCCUCAGCCACCGAGUUCAGCUUCAAAGUUCCGUUCAUCCCGGUCACUCAGGCCGCCGCCGCGCCGGCCUCCCUGCUUCUGCCCGGAGAAGACUCCACAGACGUUGGUGAGGAGGAUAGCUUCCUUGGACAGACCUCUACUCAAGCAUCUCCUCCGCAAACGUUUAGUUACUUCUCUCAGGUCUCCAGUGGUACUGACCCUUUUGGGAACAUUGGACAGUUGCCCUCAACAACUGCAGCAACGGCGGUUGGACAGUUGGCAUUCUCCAAGCCCCCAGAUGCCCUUCCCUUUACAACCGGAUCCCAAGAUGUGUUGAAUGCAUUUCCGCCAUCUGUUUCAAAGGCUAAUUAUGGUGCUGCACCUUCCUCACAGAUGGGAAUAAAUACCUAUUUGCCUUCUCAGCCGAGUAGUCUCCCUCCUUCUAAUUUUGGGACCCCACCCCAAGGAGUUUCCCCACAAGGACACAAUCCAUAUCGCCACACUCCUGUCAGCAGCAGGGCGAAUCCCUAUAUUGCACCCCCACAACUGCAGCAGUGUCAGUCGCUGGCUCACCCCUCCUGUCCUCCACCUUCUGGACCCCUUGUGCAGCCAUACCAGGUACCCCCAGGAUCUUUGCCGCCGCUUCCUACACCAGUACAGUCACCAGCACAGCAGCAGGUACCUGCCAGACCUGCAGGCCCCCUUGUACAGGGGCCUCCUCCUUUUGUACUUCAGAACCAGUAUGAACCUGUUCAGCCCCACUGGUUUUACUGCAAGGAGGUGGAGUCUAAGCAGCUGUGGAUGCCUUUCAGUGUGCUGGACUCUGUGAGUCUUGAAGAAGUCUAUAAUUCAGUGCAGCCAGACCCUGAGAGUGUGGUUCUAGGCACGGAUGGAGGGCGCUACGAUGUUUACCUCUAUGACCGAAUAAGGAAGUCUGUGUACUGGGAAGAGGAGCCAGCUGAAGUAAGACGGUGUACUUGGUUUUACAAAGGGGACACAGAUAGCCGAUUCAUUCCCUACACAGAGGAGUUCAGUGAGAAGCUAGAGGCUGAAUAUAAAAAGGCCGUAACCACACAUCAGUGGCACCGCAGAUUAGAGUUUCCAAGUGGAGAGACCAUCGUUAUACACAAUCCAAAGGUUAUCGUACAGUUUCAGCCUUCCUCGGUGCCGGAUGAGUGGGGUACCACACAGGACGGACAGACGAGGCCCAGGGUUGUGAAGCGUGGGAUUGACGACAGCCUUGAUGAAAUUCCCAGUGGGGAAAUGCCUCAAGUUGACCAUUUGGUGUUUGUGAUACAUGGCAUUGGGCCUGUGUGUGACUUGCGCUUUAGAAGCAUCAUCGAAUGUGUGGAUGAUUUCAGGGUGGUUUCUCUCAAGUUGCUACAGACACAUUUCAAGAAGUCUGUAGAGGAAGGGCGAGUCAGCAGAGUGGAGUUCCUCCCUGUUCACUGGCACAGUGCCUUGGGUGGAGAUGCCACAGGCGUUGACAGGAAUAUUAAGAAAAUCACUUUGCCAAGUAUUGGUAGGUUUCGGCACUUCACUAAUGAAACCUUGCUAGACGUCUUAUUUUAUAACAGCCCCACUUACUGUCAGACCAUCGUGGAGAAAGUGGGCCUGGAGAUAAACCGGCUGCAUGCACUCUUUAUGAGUCGGAACCCAAACUUCAAAGGAGGAGUCUCUGUUGCUGGUCACAGUUUAGGUUCUUUGAUACUGUUUGACAUCCUAUCUAAUCAGAAGGAUCUGAGUAUCUCUAAGUCUCCUGGGUCUCUGGCUGUUGCUAAUGGAGUUGUGAAGCAGCCGAAUUUUCAGCAGAUACCUGAAGAAUCAAAGCAGAUGUCAGAUGAGUCAUGUGACCUUGAUGUUGAAAAUGAAGAAGUCCUAACUUUGCACGAAACUCUGGAAGCUCUUAGCCUCUUUGAAUAUAUGAGCACUUUUGAAAAAGAAAAGAUUGAUAUGGAAUCUCUGCUUAUGUGUACAGUUGAUGACCUGAAGGAGAUGGGGAUACCCCUUGGGCCCAGGAAGAAGAUAGCCAAUUUCGUGAAACUUAAAGCAGCCAAACUAGAGCAGAAAAAAGCAGCAUCAGAAAAGAAGGCGGUGAUGGCUGCUCUGACGAAAGGCCAGGAUGAGAGUGCUCAGAAGACCAAGGGGGUGGCUUCUCCCCCUGCAGCCAACGCGUCAAAGAGGAAGCUUCCAGUUGGUGCUUGUGUGUCUUCUGUACAUGUUGACUAUGAGUCCUUUGAAGUUGGCACAGGACAGGUUUCUGUUGCUUACAACUCACUAGACUUUGAACCAGAAAUUUUCUUUGCCUUGGGAUCUCCCAUCGGCAUGUUUCUCACUAUUCGGGGUGUGGACAGGAUCGCUGAGAACUACCGGCUUCCUACGUGCAAAGGGUUCUUCAAUAUUUAUCACCCGCUUGAUCCGGUGGCAUAUAGAUUAGAACCUAUGAUUGUUCCAGAUUUGGACCUAAAAGCAGUUCUCAUUCCACAUCACAAAGGCAGGAAAAGACUUCAUUUAGAGUUGAAAGAAAGUCUCUCUCGUAUGGGAUCUGACUUGAAGCAGGGCUUUAUUAGCUCUCUGAAAAGUGCUUGGCAGACGCUUAAUGAGUUUGCACGGGCUCACACCUCUUCAACUCAGUUACAGGAAGAACUGGAGAAGGUGGCCAAUCAAAUCAAAGAGGAGGAAGAGAAGCAAGUCGUUGAAGCAGAAAAGAUUGUUGAAAGUCCAGAUUUUUCCAAGGAUGAGGACUACUUAGGAAAGGUUGGAAUGUUAAACGGAGGCCGCCGAAUUGAUUAUGUUCUUCAAGAGAAGCCAAUAGAGAGUUUUAAUGAGUAUCUUUUCGCUCUUCAGAGUCACUUGUGCUAUUGGGAAUCUGAAGAUACUGCCCUCUUGUUACUUAAAGAAAUUUAUCGAACAAUGAACAUUAGUCCAGAGCAGCCCCAGCAUUGAUCAGACUUCCAUUUUACUGUGAAGUCCCAGCAUGAAUUCCAUCGCUGAGAGAAUCCUGAGGCGGUUCCCUGGUUGCUCCUGUGGUGGAUGACAGAAAAGCGGUUCGUCGACAGUUGCUAACAUAGAAUCCUCAGGUGUAGGGAUUCAUUUUUAAAAAUGCACAGAACAGAAAGAUACUGAAAAGAAACCAGUACUGUGUUUGGACAGUGUAGGUGAGAAGACGCAAUACCAGAAUGAUGAUAGAAUGAAGCAGCGGAAAUCGUCAGUCUCUUGAGCUGUGCAGUCAUCAGUUAGUGUGGUCCUAAAGAAGAGAUGCUCACACCACGCAGAUGGUUAUUUCUGUUUCUUAAAAAACUAUUGUCAGCUAUUAAAUUUAUAUUUUCUUUUUAUUAAUGUAAUAUUUUCUUUUUAAGUAUGGACUCCUUGAGAAACUAUGCUAACAUGAUUUUUAAGACACUUCUGCUGUACUUUAAAUGUGAAUUGCUCUGAGCUGCCCUGAUACAGGAUUUUCCUGUUUGUGAAGAGGAAGUAGCCAGGGUCUCCUGUGUUCUGAGCUGGAUCUGCGGCUUUGCACGGCCUAUUGCCACUGCCGAGAGUCUAGUUGUAGAAGGAGUGGAGCUCUUUACCUCCCAGAAAUCCUGCGAUGGCCUCUCAUGGCAUGUCUACCCCCACUGAGAGCCAGAGCAGAUGGCAGACUUUCAUCUUGUCGCCCGAGGUAGCUAGCGGUGCCACCUGCUCAUGGCUGAAGUCUAGUUAGUGUGAGAACCAAAGUAGGAGUUUUUAUUCUUUGAUUUGUUUUCAUUUCACUUAUACCAAAGUGUUUGAAAGGGUGAAAUGUACUGCCUUGUAAAGCUACCUGCUGAGAAGACUACUGUGUAACAUUUCACUUUGUUUCACUAUAAGCUCAAGUUGUCUAGAUAUUUUCCUAAUACUAAAACAGAAAUGCUGAUUUUCUUUUGUUGCAUAAUAGAAACAUUUUAUGUUUGCAUAGUUCUCACAGAACGUGAAAUUUUUUGAAAACAGCAUAUGAUGCACAUUUUUUUGUAUGUAAUUGGUAUGAAUAAAGUAAUAUCAUUGGUUUUUUUAAAGCAGGAAUUGGGUAUUUCUCACAUCUUCCUUGAAAGUGUUCCUGAGCUCAGUGUUUGUUCCUGUUUCAUUGAGUGGCCUCUGUGCAGUUAAUACAUAACUUUAGCAUUUGCUAUCAUUCGGAGAAUCAGAGCAGUUAAGGUGUUAGAGCUUCCCUGUGACUCCAGACAGCACAUCUCCAGCCAUCUCAGUGGCAGCCGAGGAGGUGGCUGACCUGGGCUGGGGUAGGCUUUUCUUGACAACAUUUGGCCUUCAUUUCCCUAUAUCAGAGCAAUUAUUUUUCACUUAAUUUUCAUAUAACUUCCAAUACUGACAAAAUAAAGAAAAAUAGGGGUUAUUGAUGUAUAUUUUAAUAAAACGUACUUUGCUUUUUCAACUUGUAA